AAACACUAAUUUAUCGCGAGAUUUGAGAACAUCGAACGAUCUGCAAGAGAGACCGGGAAGGAGGGGGGAGAGAGAGAGAGAGAGAGAGAAUGAAGAACAGGAAGAAGAUGUUCAUCUCCGCCGGCGUGGUCGAUCUGAAGGUGUUGGUGUUGCUCUUCGCCUUCGUACUCAUCGUUUCAGAUGCUAAGAAGAGACUCCGUAUCACCGACUUCCUGGACGACGUGGUCGACGACGAGGAGGACGAGGCCUGGAGGGAGUGGGGGAAGAAGAAGGCGAACACUCGGCCUCCAUCUGAAUUGGAGCCACCUCCUGAUUUCACCGGAAUGACGCCGGAGCAGAUUCAGGCAGAGAUGAUGAAGAGGCAGUCCGGCUCGCCCGUGGGGUUUGUGAAGUUGAGGCUCGGUGUUAAGCGCUCCAGGGACGAUGUGCCAAUGAUAGCCAUGCGGUGGACGCUGCUUCUAAGAACUGGAUCUCUUUCAGCGAGGUUCAUGGCGGUAGAUUUGAACACUAUCAUGUUUAACAUGGAAAAAAGGGAGGACAUAGAAGAGUUGACAGAUUUUGUCUUUAGCCAGCCCGAGGCUUAUGAGGUGAAGAUAGGUGAUCGAGUGUAUAGGAGGCCUGGUGACCCUCCACUAGAGGAAGUUAUUGAAAUGCUGCAGAAGGAAAAGGCCAAAGAAGAUAGCCUUGAUGCUACAGUUAGCGGUGCACAUGGUAGAGAUGAGUUGUAGGCUUUGAACACAUUACGUGAUGUCCCUGAAACGUUCUGUUUUCAACCCAUGAUUUCUUCCAAUUUUCAAAUAAUGAGCUUUUGCCCAGAAACACCAACAUGAUACUAUGAAUAGAAAGGAUGCAUCUUUACAUCCAUUCAAUUUUGUCAGUAUAAAGUUUGUUGUACAUGUUUUCUUAA